AUGUCUGCCCCAGAAACCGCUACCAAGUUCUCUUCUCCCUCUUUUGCCUCUGCCGGCGGACAGGUUGCUGCUCGCUCCAACAGGCAGGCCGCCGCACCCGCCAAGGAGGCCUUGAAGCUUCGCUUGGACCUCAACCUUGAGGUUGAGAUCGCCAUCCAGGCCAAGGUCAAUGGUGAUAUCACCUUGUCGCUCCUACAUGUUGCUGCAACUGGGCGCAAUUGGUGUGGUCAGUCGUGA